AUGAAUGACUCCCGUGUGCAGGUUGGGGUAAAGAAACUCCCUAUGCACCUACAAAGUUCCCAAAAUCGUUUGCUCAUUAAAGGAGGAAAAGUAGUCAAUGAUGAUCGUAUGUUUACUGCUGAUAUAUAUAUUGAAGAUGGGGUUAUUAGACAAGUAGGUAAUCAGCUUUCGAUUCCAGGGGGAGUCAGAAUCAUUGAUGCAUCAGGAAAGAUGGUCAUCCCAGGUGGUGUUGAUCCUCAUACAUGCUUUGACUCCUCUUGUUUUGGUUUGAAUACAUCAGAUGAUUUUUAUUCUGGCACGAGAGCAGCACUUGCUGGUGGAACUACUACAAUAAGUCUGUUUGUUUGA